AUGGAUUUGGCUGAGACAAUGAAGAACGUAUUAGCGAAAAGUACUGGCAGUGCUAGUAGUGCGGCGAGCUCAUCAGGAGGUGCAACUCCUCACGGUGCUGAAGGAUACGUCACCGAAAAGCUAUAUAUGUUACUACAAUUAUACUUGCAGAAUAAGGGCUGGAGCCCUAGCAUAGAGUUAUUACAAUGUUUCAGUGACCUUAAGGAAUCUUCUAUGCUGCCUAGUGCUGCUUAUUUACAAAUGAUGGCAUCAAGAGUUGGCUUAGAUACACAAGGAAGGCUGAUAUUGCGUGAAAAUGGGAAGAUUAUUCUUCCAUAUGAACAUUUUGCUAAUGCAGUAAUGCUGAAACAUAUGAAUGGUCCUCAUGGAUUACAUCUAGGUCUUGAAGCUACUGUCCGUGCUGUUGUUGAAUCAUAUACCAUAGGAAGGGAACAAUUUGGGAUGGAAAAAGAAUUCAUUGUUGAAGUGGUUCAAAACUGUCCAAAUCCUGCUUGCCGCUAUUACAAAAAUCAAUUGGAAAUGACUCAGAAAUCCAUUCAACAGCAUUUAUCUCAACAGCCUACAUAUAUUCCUGAUGCGGGCAGUUCGAACCUGUCCGACAGUCAGGCAGUGGAGCGCUUGCUGCGGGGCUCUGCCCUGGCGCAGGACUACCAGCUGCCAAUAGCUCCGCACAUCGCCGCUCUCACUGGUCUGACAGGCGAUAAAGCAGACCGCCGCUCUCAAGACAAACUGUCGCAGCACCAGCAAAUGCUGCUGCAACACCAAAACAGGUCAAUGGCACAUCAGUCUUCCAUGGAUAAGUACAGCCACUCACAGCAACGCUCCACGGCCGGCUCUCAGUCCAGUCUGGAGACUAAAUCUAAACAACAUUACUCUGACGAGCACAAGCUCACAGACUUCCUGAGGGCGAACCUGGAGAGUCUGGAGGGGCUGUCGGGCGCCGGUGGCGGGGGCGGCGCCGCGGCGGCCGGGGCCGCUUCGGGCGGCGGCCAGGAGCGGGUGGUGCGCGCGUUCGCCGAGCUGGCGCGCAACCUGCAGCGCAUGCGGCCGUGCGUGCGCCCCGCCAUGUGCAAGCCCUACGGCAAGCAGAGCGAGCAGCUGCAGAAGAUCUUGUUGGACACGAUCCAGCUCGUGCAGUCGUUGAGGAGCUACUUGCCGCCCCCACAUAUUCAGGUCACCUCGUGGAAGAACGACGACAAGUUACGCUCGAACAGCAUGGAGGAGCUCGAGAGCCGUAAGAUCGUGAGCGGCAAC